AUGAAGAAACAGGUUCAUGGUGAUCGCUCUACCCAACCUUUUUGGUGUGGUAAGUGUAAGGGAAUACAGUAUGGAGAUUGCAAGACAGCCCCAGUGCAAUGCUUCAAAUGUCAAGGAUUUUGUCACAUUAGGAAGGAUUGCACCGCUCCGGAUGUUCCUGAAAAGACUAAAGGUCGUGUUUACACCUUAGACGCAAGGAAGACUCAAGGGAACACUAAUCUUUUUGUUGUUACAUGUUAUGUUAAUAAUCAGCCCUUGUUUGUGUUAGUUGAUUAUGGGGCAACACAUUCUUUCGUCUCUUAUCAUUGUGUGCGGAGACUUGGUUUUGAAGCAAGUCCUCUCCCGAAUCCUAUGAUUAUCUUGUCGGCCACUGAAGACGUAGUAGAAGCUCGAGAGGUUUGCAAGGAGUGUUCUAUUACUUUCAAUGGUCGUAGAUUCUUGAUUGACCUCAAUUGUCUACCGCUUAAGAAGAUCGAUGUAGUAUUAGCUAUGGACUGGUUGUUAGCUAACUCAGUGUACAUCGGUUGUAAAGAGAAGGCUAUCUUUAUUCCUGCUGAGGAGACUACUCCGACUGAGGCCAUUGGACAACUGCUUGAAGGUGUGAUUAACAUGGUUAAUUACCUUUUUACUCAAGAGAAGUCUUUUCUUUUGGCUCUUACCGUGGACUCCAUUGGACCUGAUGUAUUUCCUGAAGAUGUUACUUCUCUUCCGCCAAAAAGGGAAGUUGAAUUCUCUAUUGAUCUUGUUCCGGGUACCGCUCCAGUUUCGAUUUCCCUUUAUCGAAUGUCUCCUGCCGAAUUAAGGGAGUUGAAGAGUCAGCUAGAAGAUUUGUUGGCAAAACUCUUCAUUCGUCCUAGUGUUUCUCCAUGGAGAGCCCCAGUCUUAUUAGUAAAGAAGAAGGACGGUAGUAUGCGUUUGUGCAUUGAAUAUUGUCACUUGAAUAAGGUAACCAUAAAGAACAAGUACCAUCUACCACGGAUUGAUGACCUCCUUGAUCAAUUGAAAGUAGCCUGUGUGUUCUCAAAGAUUGACCUUAGAUCGGGAUAUCAUCAAAUUUGGGUUAAGAGUUCGAAUGUAUCGAAGAAGACUUUUAAGAAGAGAUACGGCCAUUACGAGUUCUUGGUUAUGCCAUUUGGGGUAACCAAUGCUCCUCCUGUCUUUAUGGAUUACAUGAACUGA